UUGCACUUGCAAACCAUUGCAAAUAUUAACUAGUGCUGGAUGUGUUCUGAUUUGGGGUGUAGUCUGUGUUUUGGGGUUAUGAUAUUCUUCAUCGUAGGACAAUCACCUGAAGUGAACGUAUGUCAUUGUGUUGCCUAAGGUCUGUAGUAUCUUAAUCAGAAGGUUAAUUUGAUUCAUUUCUGAAAUCUUGUAAAACAUGAAAUGUGAUGUUAAAAACAUGAUCGGAGAAAAGUGCUAAAUCGUGUGCAUUAUAUGUAAAAGCAGUCAAGUCGGUUUAACGUUGAAAGAAAAAGCAAUGAUUUCUCAAGUUCUAAAGAAUCUAAUAAAUCCUCGAGAGUGUUGCAGUUUACAGAGACACUACAGUAGUGCAAAAAAAGCUGUUAAAUGUCCAGGAUUUACCUAUUUUAGAAGGUUUCCAGAAGAGGAAGAUCCACCAUUAGAGAAAUCAAAGCUAUUUAUGGUUCAGCGAGUGAAACGUUAUAGAGGUACACCAUAUUGGGAGAAAGAUGUACUGUUACAGUUGGGAUUAAUGGACAAGGCAAGUGAUAUCGCCAUUGUUAAAAACACACCACAGAAUAAUGCACUAUUGUGGAAAAUUAAGCAUUUGAUUAAAAUUACCCCUAUUACUUACCCUUAUGGAGAACCAACGGAAAAAGAUAUUGGGGCAACUUACUUAAAGGAAAAUGGAGAACUAUUAAGGUCAAAACUUGUGGAAAUUGAUAAUACACUAUUAGAAGCAUCAGAGACUUUUGCUAAUGAUGUAUCAAGAAUGGAUACAAAGACCUUGAGAAAACAGUUAAGAUAUCAGUGGUUAAAUCCACUGUUGAAUGGAAUUAACUAGUAUAUAAAUAAUGUUAUAGAAGAGUA